UUCCCCAAACAGAAAACACUAAUUUCAAAUCCGAGAAAAAAUCCAAUCGAAGCGCCAUGGUAGUGUACUGUUUCCUGGUGGAUCAGACGAGAAAAGUAAGGAGAAGCAAGCCGGCGGCGGGGAUUUGCUCCCGGUGCGGCGGCGGAGCCAGUGUUGCUGAAAUGAAGACGGCGAUGAGGUUUUGUUACUUGCCGUUUUAUUGGAAAUCUUGGCGCGCCAUCAUCUGUACCUUGUGCGGAGCUAUUCUCCGAUCCUAUGACGAUAAAUAAUAAUCUCCGAUCCGGUUUUCUUUCCGUGUAUCGGAAUCCGGUAUCAGUAAUUCAGUAUUAAUAUAUCUACUUGCACUUUCCAUACAUAUAUAUGUGCGUGUG